AAAAGGUCACUGGAGAAAGAAGCAUCUUAUGAUGGAUUCAAGUUUCAGCAACAUUCUAUGUUCUCUACAAAAGAGUGGAAGCUUUGUCAACACUUUGAUUGCAAUCCUAACGAUAUGUGGACAACAACUUUUCUCUUCUUUCACAUUUAGCUGCCCCUGCCAGCCUGGAAACAAUCUCUAUUAUGGCUCAGCUUUUCUCAUUAUUCCAGCUCUGGUUCUCCUGGUUAUUGGCUAUGCUCUGAGAAGUCAAACGUGGAUGAUGACCAAGGAAAGUUGUUGUAGCUCUUCUCCUCAUCUGCGCUCUGUGAACUCCUUGCAGCGUAAGCUUGCGUGCCUCAUGUUCUUUAGCAUCACGGGGAGGGCUCUCGUAGCUCCACUGACAUGGCUGGCAGUGACUCUGCUCACAGGUACCUACUACGAGUGUGCAGCUAGUGAAUAUGCCUCAGUGGAACAAUAUAGCAUGUUUAACAAUUACAGUGAGCCUGAACGCCAAGAGAUUCUGGCUGAAUUUCCAUGCUUUGAACAGAUUUCUCCUGAUAUGCUUAUGGUGAGAGAUGAAGUGGCUCUUCAGCUCAGGUAUCAGUCACAGAUGUGGGGCUGGACUUUGAUUGCAGUGGCGACUCUAGUGGCCUUCCUUUCCUGCUGCCUGGCAAGAUGCUGUUCCCCACUGACCUCUCUGCAGCAUCAGUAUUGGUGCACUCACAUGAGAAAUGAGAGGCAAUUGUUUGAAGAGGCUGCAGAACAGCACUCCAGAGUUCUGAUCACGCAACGCAUCAAAGAAUUGUUUGGUUUUGUGCCUGGGAGUGAAGACGUCAGGCACAUUCGGAUUCCUUCUUGUCAGGACUGGAAGGACAUUGCAAGACCGAGCCUGGUCUGCAUCACCGACAAUCAGCAAGGUCACUACAAUUUCCUAGGGGAGAGGGUAGAUGUGAAUUUUGAGGAAGGAAAAUCAGAAGCUAUUGAGCUGACAUCCUGAUGAUAGCAUCUUCCAUGAUGCUGGGCUAAUUAAUAAAGAAUUGAUUACCCUCGUGAUGAUGGUAUAAUUUAGCCUCUUCAUUGCUUUUCCUCUUGUCUGAAAUUAUUCAUACGUCUUUCCUAAAUAGUGCUGUCAAGAUUGAUUUAAGUGACUGCUAUACUAAUAAAUCACUUCUCUCUUCAAAUUUCCUCCCUGAACAUGUUAUACCUUCAGCAUCCUACUUAAACCUUUUUCUUUCAUUCAAACUCCCUUCACCACUGCUCCCUUCCUUCUCUAAUUUCUUACGCAGGUUUUUGUCAUUAAACUUU